GACAGCUCUAAUAGUCUUAAUGUGUGAUUGCAAUUAGUUGAUAGUUCUACCUCAUAGAGGUAGAGAACAUUGCAAAUCUAUUAAAUAUUUAUUUUACAUUCAAAAUCCACAAAGUGAUGGAUCUCCUCCGGAAACUAUGUUUUAUUUGCCUGUUUUGUGCUGAUUUCGCCACUGUGAUCAAUGGCGGCUAUACACAUUAUCGUCUGCCUACGGCCAUAAAACCGAAACAUUAUGAUCUUAAAAUCAUAACACACUUGGAAAGUCCUGAAAAUGCCACAUUCAAUGGAGAAGUGUCCAUAGAGCUCGAUAUACUGGAAGAUACUAAGAAUAUUACCCUACAUGCCAAAAAUUUAACCAUCAAUGAAACUCAAAUCGAUUUGAAACGACUGGAUGGAGAUUUUCAUUGGUGCCUAGAAGGUAUUGAAAUAGUAUCGGAACACGAUUACUACAUUAUAUUAUUGUGUGAAGCGUUGCUGGGUGGAGGCAAAUAUGAAUUGCAUUUAAAUUUUGGUAGUACUCUUAAUGAAAACAUCCAGGGCUAUUUUGUCACAACCUACGAAGAUGAGAGUACAAAUGAAACAAAGUGGAUGGCAGCAACUGAUUUCCAGCCGACAUAUGCUCGUAUGGCAUUUCCCUGCUGGGAUGAACCGAAUUAUAAGGCGACAUUUACAAUAUGGUUAGGUCACAGUAAAUCCCUUAAUGCCUUGAGUAAUAUGCCUUUAGACCAAGAAACUCCUUUAGAGGGUUUGGACAACUAUGUUUGGAGCAAAUUUCAAGAGUCUGUAGUUAUGUCCACAUAUCUGGUAGCAUUUAGUAUUAAUGAGUUUGUUUCUCUGAAGUCCGGAGACAAUGCCAGUGAGACAGAAUUUCGUAUAUGGUGCCGAAAAGACAAAUCUGCAAGCUGUGAGUAUGCUGCUGAAGUGAGUCCAAAAAUUCUAAAAUACUUAGAAGAAAAAUUAAAAUUGCCAAAUCCUUUGAAAAUAAUAGAUCAGAUAGCUGUUCCAAAUUACCCCAGUGAGGGUAUGGAGAAUUGGGGCCUUGUAGUGUACUCGGAAAGCUACGUUUACAUCGACUCCGAAAGUAUUGAAAAACAGUUCCUUAGGGAGUAUUUAGUUAACUUAAUUGCUCACGAAUUGGUUCACCAAUGGUUUGGAAAUAUUGUUACCAUGAAAUGGUGGACAGAUACUUGGCUCAACGAAGGAUUUGCAAAAUAUUUUGGCUUCUUGGCUGCAAAAGAUUUUCUGGCCGACCAAAACACCGACUAUAAUUUAUUUUUACAUUAUUUGGAAAUUGUUCAUUUUGAUUCCAAGUUACAGACGCACCCUGUAUCUCUAUUGGUUACAAAUGCCACAGAAUUAGAACAAAGUUUCGAUGCUGUGAGCUAUAUUAAAGGCUGGUUGAUAUUGAGAAUGGUUCAUAUUGUCUUGGGUCAUGAGGCAUUCUUUCAGGCACUUCAAGCAUAUUUAGAGAAGUACCAGUAUCGAAAUGUCGAACAAAGUGAUCUGUUUAAGGAGUUUAGUAAAAAAUCACGAGAUAUAGGCCCAAACAUGGAAACUAUUUUAUAUUCAUGGACCCUACAACCAGGAUAUCCACUUGUAAAGAUUUGGCGUAAUUACGAAGACGGUUCUGUCGACAUUUCCCAGCAAAGAUUCCUCACAGAACCCAGGCAGAAUUCUGAAGAUGCUGAUAAAUGCUGGUGGAUACCAUUAAGCUAUACGUCGUCAUCGGAAUCCGAUUUUGCAAAUAAUACUAUAAAAUCCUGGCUUGAAUGUGAUGAACGAACGAAGAAUAAACCCCUUCGACUGUAUAAUGUGGCAGAAUCAAAUGAUUGGAUCAUAUUUAACAUUCAAUUAUCAGGUUUCUAUAGAGUCAUGUAUGACCCGAAAAACUGGCAACUUAUUACCAACACCCUUCUCAGUGAUCAAUAUACAAAAAUUCACGUUUUCAAUCGAGCCCAAUUAGUUGGCGAUGCCAUAGCAUUAGCCUGCAAUGGUCAUCAGGAGUAUGACAUAGCAUUUGGUAUUUUAGAAUAUUUAAGCCAUGAAUACGAAUAUCCACCGUGGAAAUCAGCAUGGGAUGAACUGGAGAAAGGCUCUUGCGAAUCCAUAUUAAAAACAAUACCGAAAUAUAGAAUUUAUUACAACGCCUUUAUGCGUAACAUCCUGAAGCCAGUUUUUAAUCACGUCAGCCACUCUAAUACAACUGACGAGGGCCAUGAAAGAACGUUGCUUAGAGUUCUUAUAUCAAAUUGGGCUGUAAAUGUUGAUCUUGAAAAGAAAUCGCAAAAAGAUAUCGAAUCAUUCCAAAAAUGGAAAUCUCUCCCAGAUCCUGAUAUUGUUAACCCAAUUCAAGUUUAUUCUAGAAAACGCAUUUACUGCCAGGCAUUAAAGUUUGGCAACGCAAGCGAAUGGAAUUUUCUUUGGCAACGACUCCAAUACAACUCCGGCAAUAGCGGCGAAAGAAAAACCAUACUUCAAUCAUUAAAUUGCACAAGCAAUGAAAAUCUGUUAAAAAGCUAUUUACACGUAAUCUUCAGUAAUGAAUGUGCCUUGGAAAACGAUGAAAAGCAGUAUGCAUUUAUUACAAUCAUAAACAACGAAUCUGGGCUCAGAUUAGCCAGGGAAUUUUGCAUGAAACAUAUCGAGGAGUUACACACAAAAACGGAUGUCAACUUCUUAUUCGACCAAAUGGCCAGCAAAAUCAACACCAUGGAGGACUUGAACACACACAUACAAUUUAUUCAAAACCAUCGUAAAUAUUUUGAAAAUGCCGAUGACAAAAUUAAUAUGAUUCGUGAAAAUAAUCUAUCAAAAAUUCAAUGGAUUGAGGACAACUUGGAUAAAAUCAUAUCGUAUUUGGAUAAACGUCUCUCCCGAAUGGGUGUAGAAAUUGCUAAUGAAGUUAAUUGAAAAUUUUGUUUAAAAUAUCGUUUAAUAAAGGACACAUUUACUUCAUGAAA